AUGGCACAGCACCAACAGCACCCAUCACCGCAGAUGGUGAUGGACCCUUCCCAGCUAGGACAUCAUCGUCUAGGGCCGCCACAGUUCGGAGCUCCAGGCCAAGUCAUGGCGCCCAUGUACCAGACUCUAUCGACGCCGACACCGCCUAAUCAUCCUCAACAUUCUGUCCCUGGCUCUGGCACCAAACGACCACGACCAAGUGACCUCGAUUUAUCAGUUGGAAGUAUGGGCGAGUUGGAGCAUUCAGACCUCAGUGGCAUGCAAACACCUUUAGGAGCUGCCUAUGCCCAUGCAGCCGCAGUCGCCGUGUCACAAUCUCAACACCAACCCAUACACCAUCACCACCACCUUCCUGACUCGGAGCCACCUUCGAAGAUGAUGCGUCGCGAUGAUGGGUUAGGAGGCGCUCCAAGCGUUGUGGGACAAGUAGGAAUGCCUGAACCAGCUCCUCGACCUCGAGGACCGAAACUGAAGUUUACGCCAGAGGACGAUCAACUUUUGAUAGAACUCAAGGAGAACAAGAACUUGACCUGGAAGCAAAUAGCGGAUUUCUUCCCAGGGCGAUCUUCGGGGACACUGCAGGUUCGAUAUUGUACAAAGCUCAAAGCAAAGACAACGAAUUGGACCGAUGAGACGGACCAAAAGCUUCGAACUGCACUUCAGGACUACGAGAACGAGAAAUGGAGAAUCGUCGCUAACAAAGUUGGCACUGGCUUUACUCCUGCAGCGUGUCGAGAACGGGCCGAGCAAUUAAUGGUUGAGGACCCGGCAACUCUGGCGGCUCUAUCGCAGUCAUUGUCACCAGCUGUAGCGUCGAACGCGGACUCUGAAGAGCCGUUAUACACGCAUCAUCAGCUUCAAUAA